UCGUUUCUCCGUUGCCUUGGUAAUGAUAAUGGCGUCCUGAUGGUAAGGUAGCUUUUACUUCGUACUGAAAUAAUGCUGAAUAGUCUGUAACAUUGUGAGCAGUUUUACGCCAGUGUGCUUGCCAAAACAUAUAUACAUACUGCUUUGGCAUAGCUAAGAAAAUGAGCGAGACUCGGGAUGGCGCAUUGGCCGAGAAUACUUAUAUUAUCAGACCAAACUUCCAACACAAGUUCAAGACAGCCAUUGCAAAAGAAUGCAUCCAAACUGUGCUAAAAGAAGAGCUUGCUGGUAAAGAGUACAAUCCAGAGGACAUUCCUGGACUUACAAAGUUCCUGUCUGAAACUAUUAAAGAUAAACUUAAAGAAAUGGGAUGGGACCGGUACAAACUAGUUGUGCAAGUUGUUAUUGGAGAACAAAGAGGAGAAGGAGUAAAAAUGGCAGCUCGAUGUUUUUGGGAUGCUGACACAGAUAACUAUGCUCAAGAUAUUUAUAUGAAUGAGAGCCUCUUCUGUGUAGCAGCUGCCUUUGGUUCAUUUUACUACUGAAAUAUCCGGAAAAAGAAAUGAAGAUCCAGCUGCUUAUCUUCACAUUUGUUAUAUUUUCCCUUUUUAACUUUUUUGUUAGUAUUGUGUAUGUGUACUCUUAUAUACUCAUGUCGAAAAAGCACAAUAUCAGUAUAUUAAAAGGCAUUUACACAUA